UUCUCUCUCACUUCAUCGGGUUCCUUAGCCGUGUAGACACGCCGGCGUCCAGCAACUUGUCGAGUUAACUAUUUCGUAAUUAAUCGUAUAUAUAUCUCGUUUGCGCGUUUGUGGUGAGGCGAAGAAAGUUUUGAAAAGUUUUGAAAGAGUCCUUUCCUCCCGAACUGGUCACAUAGGAUCCAGUCAUCUCCCCCGGAUAUCACACUUUCCAUUUCGUCUGCCAGGCCCUGAAACGUAUUGGUUAUGCGGCUAGUUUUCCUUCUUCUGACAGCCGUUGUCAGUGCGGAGUCUUUGCAGUUUCAUCAUGGUCUGAGCGAAAACGACCUCAUUCAUUACUUUGGUACUAAUAAAAGGCAUGAAGUUCCGGAUUAUGACAUUAUCACACCCACGCGGGUACCAACGCCCGUCCAAAGUCUCCGACACCGCCGCGACAGUGGCGUAGACGAUUUCAAAAAAUACCAUUUGACAGCAUUCGGCGAAGAAUACCCUCUCUCUCUUGUGAAAAACGAAAGACUGAUUCCUUCAGAAUGCCUCGUGCAUAGAAUGGGCCACAACGGGACCACACACGUGGUGCCUUGCAGAGCGUCGGCCAACCAGAACUGCUACUACUUGGGGGAAUCGGCGUUCCAUAAUGGUUCCAUUGCUGCCGUCAGCACAUGCAGAGGACUACACGGAAUGGUCAGCACCGAGCACCAUGACCUGCUUAUCACCCCACUGAAGGAAAAACACAGGCAACAUCUUACGGAAAAACAGCUAGCUGAGCACGAACAUCCCCACGUAGUGUACAAACGUGUUCCUAAAACCAAGACCUGUAGAGUUAAACGAAGUGACAGUGUAUUGAAGUCUCUGACAACUCGCCACAAGAGGGCAGCAGGGGAAAAGACAAUCGAGCUGAUGGUUGUCGUGGAUACCAAAAUGUGGUGGUACCAUGAACAAGACACACAGCGUUACGUUUUAACAUCUUUAAAUGUGGCAGCUCAACGAUACCUGCACCACAGCCUUGGGCAAGACAUCAUAUUUAGCGUGGUGAAACUGGUAAUACUGGAACAACAGCAGAAUGGCCUUGACAUUACACCCGAUGCUGAUUUCACGCUCUCAAAAUUCUGUAAUUGGCAAGCUGGCAUAAACCCUUACGACGACAACAACCCUCAGCAUGCAGAUGGUGCUAUUCUUAUAACCAGGGAGAAUAUUCACCAAAAUGGCGAAGAAGCAACCACUGGGUUGGCGUAUGUAGGCGGCAUGUGUAAUCAGAGGUCGAAAUGCGCGUACGUGGAGGACACUGGACUGGACAUGGGACUGACCAUUGCCCAUGAGGCUGGACACAAUUUGGGGAUGAAUCAUGACGGAGAUGGCAACGCAUGCGCAAAUAGCAAUAAUUUGAUGUCGUCAGAUGGCGGGAAAGGACCCUCAUCUCUUCUAUGGUCGUCCUGCAGUGCCCAGCAAUUGAGAUCGUUUUUGGCAACUUCCCAAGCCAACUGCCUGACGGACAGUCCUCCUAGCACUCAGCUGAAGCUGAUAGAAGACAAGCCUGGACUGGUGUACGAUGGGGACGCCCAGUGUAAGUUACGGCACGGGGAGGGCUCUACUUUAUGCGGUCUUGCUGUCACGAAGAUGCUAACGGCCAAUUAUGGGGACGAAUGUAGCCGCCUGGUUUGUACGGACCCCACGAGAGAGGGCUAUUGCACAGCAGGUGGCGCUCCAAGGAUGGAUGGAACAGCAUGUGACCAGAAUCGGAAGUGGUGCAUCAUGGGUAAAUGCGUGGACACAACAGGGCCGACUGUUGACGGAGGGUGGUCGGCAUGGGAUGCCCAGUGGUCGGCCUGCUCUAGGAGCUGCGGUGGUGGAGUGAGAAUGAAAAGAAGAUAUUGCAAUAACCCUAAACCUGGCCCUGGUGGGCAGAACUGUAUAGGAGACAGCUUCGUGGCUGAAAUGUGUAAUCCACAGGUGUGUGCCACAUCCCAGUACUCGUUUAAAGCAGAACAGUGUGCCGCCACCAACUCCCAGCCCUUCAAUGGCGCAUUACACACGUGGGAGCCGUACCAGAGACUGUCAGGCGAUGCACAGUGUGAACUCAGUUGUCAAGCAGUGGGAGCCGGUUUCAUAGCUACGAGGGGCAAAGGUCAGUACCUUGACGGCACAGAGUGUUCUGGUGACGGCAUCUCUUCCUUCUCGAGGUGCGUGGAUGCCAAAUGCAUGCCCUUCGGCUGCGACGGCCAGUUGAACUCCGGCAAAGUUUACGACAGGUGUGGAGUGUGUGACGGCGCCGGGGACACCUGCCAAGUUAGGUCAGGGACCUACACGGAGGGACGAGAGAAAGAAUAUGUCCCUUUUGUAACCAUUCCAACUGGAGCAACAGGCAUUGACGUCACCAAUAGCAAUUAUUACAGCCACAUGAAUGCAGUUGUAAACGGGAAAGCAAUCUUCAGCCCAGACGGAAACGGACCCGACAAUAGCGGCACCUAUAGUCGGGAUGGCGUGACAGUCAGCUACCGGAAGCGUGGCCCAGAGAAGAUCUCUAUUGUUGGACCUGUGACGUCACCAGUGCAACUUCAGGUCUGGAGACAAUACGGGGACGGUUACGUAGGUGUUAACCCAGAGAUUGCCUACAAAUACUACGAGGCUUCCAAUGUACAAGUAUCGAGUGACUUCCAGUGGAAAUCCAAAAUCACACAGUGCUCUACGUCUUGUGGAACAGGUCAGCAGCUCUCCGAGGCGUACUGUGUCCGCAUGACUGACGGAACCCAAGUGGCCGACCAUUACUGCGACUUCCGGACCAAACCAAGCGUGAACAGUAGGCCGUGUAAUACCCAACCUUGCCCAGCAAGGUAA